CUUUAUUCUGACAUUGUUUUAAACUAUCAACCGGAAAGUAGUUUCCUUAUUGAGGCUGGCUUCACCCUGCUGGAAAGUCGAGGGCGUGUAUCUACAAAAGUUCAUUAGAUUAGUACCUAAAUCUCAAGGUCCAAGUCUGCCUGUUAAAACAUGUCCGAGAAACCAGUGUGGGAGUUGAUUGGGUCUGGCUUUGUGCAACACUAUUAUAAUCUGUUUGACAGCGACAGAACUAAACUCUUAGACCUGUAUGCAGAUUUCUCCUGUUUGACAUGGGAAGGAGAAGGAUUCCCGGGGAGGGAAGCCAUCAUGAAAAAACUAAUUAGCUUGCCUUUUAAGUCUAUCAAGCACAGUAUCACUGCACAGGACCACCAGCCCACACCUGACAGUUGUGUUGUCAGCAUGGUGAUGGGGCAGCUAAAGGCUGAUGAUGACCAUGUUAUGGGCUUUCAUCAAGUGUUCCUGCUGAAGCAAGUUGGGAACAAUUGGAUAUGUGUGAAUGACAUGUUCAGAUUGGCACUUCAUAACUUCGGAGCAUAGGAAGGAUAACAUUCUUACCUGCAUUUUCCCUUUUCCUGGCAUUCCACAUAAUUAAGCCUUUAUAAAUACAUUGUUUAAAGGUGUGUAUUUUAGUUUAUGUAAGGAUGUUUUGUAUUACACCGUUUGUAAUAAACUCAGUGGCCAUU